GUCCGCCCCGGGCUCUCGUGGCGCACAGGGCAGCCAUGGUGCUUCUGAUUGGCUGAUGGCUGGCCCCAAACACUGACACACAAACAAGAGUGGGUAAGGGGGCGGCCAUCGGCUUAAAGCGUGAAAACAAUCAUGGUCAGCCGACCUCCUACAAUUGUUUUAAGCUAAAUGUGACCUCUGACUCAUUGAUGAAUGUCAUCUUGUCACUGCCUGCCCCAAGCUGCCGGAGCCCUCUCUGCUAGGAGCACCAUGGGACUGAGAAUCACUCUGUUUGUGACGGCCUUCCUGCUUUCUGAUGUUGCCUCCCUCAAGAGUCAGGCUUCUUUCAACGAGACUGCAGACUUGCCUUGCCAAUUUAUAAACUCUCAAAAUAUAAGUCUGGGGGAGCUUAUAAUAUUUUGGCAGGACCAGCAAAAGUUGGUUUUGUAUGAGCUAUAUUUAGGCAAUGAAAAACCUGACAAUGUGGCUGCCAAGUAUCUGGGCCGCACAAGCUUUGACCAGGACAAUUGGACCAUGCAACUUCACAAUGUUCAGAUCAAGGACAAGGGCUCCUAUCAAUGUAUUGUCCAUCACAAAGGACCCCAAGGAAUUGUUCACCUAUACCAGAUGACUUCUGAGCUGUCAGUGUUUGCUAACUUCAGUGAACCUGAAAUAAGGCCACUUUCCAAUAUAACAGGAGAUUCUGGCAUAAAUUUGACCUGCUCAUCUAGUCAAGGUCAUCCACCACCUUUAAGGAUAUAUUUUGUUCUAGAAACCCAAAACUCAACUGUUGAGCAUGAUGGUGUCAUGGUGAUAUCUCAGGAUAAUGAAACAGAACUGUACAACGUUUCUGCCAGCUUGUCUGUUCCGUUCCCCGAUGACACGAGCAAUGUCACUAUCACCUGUUUCGUAUGCACGGCCUCAGGGACGCUUAAGUCUCCACCUUUCAAUACAGUUCUUCCGACGGACUCCUUGGCUCGUAAAGACCAAACAUACUUGGCUGCCUUUGGACUCUUGAUCAUCUUGAGCAUGAUAUUUGUGGUGGUGUUGUGUCUAAAAAAGCAGAAGCGGCGGCGGAGGCAGCAGCACCAGCAGACUGCCGGCUCUUCUGAAGAAACCAUCAAAAUGGAGGGUGAAGAGACCAAAGAAAGAGUGGAAAUCCAUGAACCUGAACAAAAUGAUGAAGAAGUUCAGUGUAUUGUUCACUAUUCAAAGACACCUUCAGGCAACCAUAAUGCUACACACUUUUAAUUAAAGCACAAAUUCCAUAUAAGUAUUCAUGUCCCUUUCCUCUGUAAGUUUUGGGGCAGCCUUUUUUGAUUUCGUGCUGGAGAUGAGAGAACAUUACCCUUAGUACUAAUGGGGGCUCCAAGACUCCUUCUGAGUGAAAUAACCUCCCUAAAAUAUCAGCUCUGUUCCCUGUGCCAGGAAGCAGAUAUAAAUUUUCUAUCUGCUUCUUUUAAUUUCAGAGCGCACUCAUGGGCUGAGCCCACCUGAAUGACUCCUUGCCUGGGAAUAAUGUUUAGGACCAAUGCCUCCGACUUCAGAUCAGAUUCCUUUCUUAGUUUUACCGAAUUUGUUUUUAUAGGGAACUCCUAGUUCUGAGAACAGUUACUUUUAUCUGCCUCCACACUCUAAGGUGGUGCCUCAUUUCAUUCUCUGAACUUGGAACUGAACAACUACCUCUUCCACCGGAGUAGGAGUUAUGUAUUUUACAACUUUCUCGUGUUCAUGUUAAUAUUUUAAAAUAUAAAGAAACAUAUACUGUGAUAAUGUAAUUAGUAUGUUCUGAAGAAAAACCCACCACUUGUAAGGAAUGCUUUCCCCCUUCAGGACGGUAGAGAAUACAAGGACCUAGUUAGAGUACAGGCCACAGUGAGGGGAACGCCUCCAUUUUGGGAAAUCAGGAAAGACAGAGAGAAACUGGAUCCUGGAGCCGUUUCUGUCUGGGUUGCUGCUGUUAUUGGGAGGAUUCACCUGCCCAAUAAGCAAUUAAACAAGUGUUGGCAGAGAGCAUUGAGAAAGCAGGGAAAUGCUGUGUCUUGUGAGCCCUAUUUUCUCUGGAAUAAAAAAACGACUCAGAUGCAAGAGAGACCACCAUGCUCCUGAGAAAACAACAAAAGAUUUCAACCAACAAGAUAUAAAUGAAAUAAAUGGUCUAUUGGGUCCUUUGAGAAGUCUCAAAGAAGCCACAGAUGGACAGUCUGUCCAAAUGGACUUAGACAAACAGAAGUUUCCCUGGUGGUCAGUGAGGGAUUUUGAUGAUAGCCGAGUUAUUGUGAAGUUUCAUCUGAUUGGAAGCAGAGCUGGGGAGGAGAGCGCUCACCUGGAUGACAUGAGUGGACAAGGCCAGGACUCUUCCAACCCAUGGUCAAGAGAGAGGAGCUGGAGUGGAAGUAGGAAGGCCAGGCUGCAAUCCUUAGCCGGUGGACGUCCUGGGGGAUAUGAACGGCCCACAGCAGGGCCAGCCAACUGAGGACCAUUUGUGUUGGAAGCAAUGACUGGAAAACUGGAUACAAGCAAGAGAGAACCCAGUAGAAAUGAGCAGGAAAGCCUGGCUGUAACAGUGGCAUAGCAAACGACGGACCAGCCUCAGUCCAAACCCAAAGAGAUCUUUAGGAGGCCCAAGUCUUACAAAAUUGUUCUUUAUAUUUUCCAUAAAAGGCUGUGGAGGGUUGUGGACUGCUACCAGAGUCAGGCUGAUCCUUGGGAUAUUACCAUCCGUGCAUCCUGCCCCUGCCUGCCCCUAGCUGGUUGGUUUCUAGUAUGUUUUGUAUAAAGUAGUUAUCAAUAAAGAGUUUUGGUGCAAUUA